CAGAAGCUGAGCUGACGAGUCGCCAGUCGAGACAUUCAUAUGAAUGAAACUACAAACUUCCAACAUGUGGUACAAGAGACUGUUGAAAAUGUCGGGCCGUUUCAACGUGCAAAAAGUGGGUCACGACAAUGCGGGCCUCACACUGGACGAGGGCGUCAUCCACACGGGGCGUGCUGGACUGUCGCCGGAUGCGGUGUCGUCCGACAACCUGCCGACAGGCAACGACCGUAAGACCUCGUUCACACACUACACACUCGAAGCGCUGCCUCGGCCCGAAUACUACAAGAGCAGCGGGUCCGGUGUGAAGCGGCCGUCACUCGGCGAGCUGUGCGGCGAGGAGGUGGUCUUCUCCAAGGAGACAUACAAAGACCCGAUCAAACCGAAUGUGCACAAUGUGGAGGCAUCCGGUCCGGAGGACCAAACUGAUGAGCAGGAGCACACAGGUGGCAUUAAGCUGGGCUGGAUCAAUGGAGUGCUGGUGCCCUGCCUGCUCAACAUCUGGGGCGUCAUGCUGUUCCUGCGUCUGUCUUGGGUGGUCGCACAGUCUGGCAUCUCUGGUACCCUCAUCAUCAUUGCCAUCUCUUCAGUGGUAUGCAUCAUCACCACACUCUCAUUGUCAGCCAUAUGCACCAAUGGAGAGGUCAAAGGAGGUGGAAUUUACUACAUAAUUUCGCGUUCGCUGGGUCCUGAGUUCGGUGCAUCGGUGGGUGUGAUCUUCGCCUCAGCCAACGCGGUCAGUGUCUCCAUGAACACGAUUGGCUUCUGCAAUUCGCUCAACGAUCUGCUCGCCGAACACGGACUGCAGAUCAUCGACGGUGGCGACAACGAUGUGCGCAUCAUUGGUGUCAUCACCAUCUGCAUCAUGACUGUUAUCUGCGCCGUUGGCAUGGAGUGGGAAUCCAAGGCGCAAAACUUUCUCAUAGUUGUGAUUAUAGCGGCCAUCUUUGAUUUCCUGAUUGGUGCCUGUUUGGGACCAAGUAGUGAUUUGGAUCGUGUCAAAGGCUUCACUGGUCUCAGUACUGAAGUUUUCCAAGAAAAUUGGGGUGCAAACUACCGGAAAAGUGAGGGAGACGAGCAGAAUUUUUUCACAGUUUUUGCAAUUUUCUUCCCAUCGGUGACUGGCAUUCAGGCUGGAGCGAAUAUUUCUGGUGAUCUGAAGGAUCCAAGCAGCGCCAUCCCGAAAGGAACGAUGUUGGCUCUGCUCAUCUCGAUGGUCUCCUACGUGCUGUUUGUGCUAUUCGCCGGUGCGGCGGCGCUACGGGACGCCAGUGGAAUGGUGACCGAAAUGCUUCCCAACGCGACACUGCCCUACUGGAACUGCACCUCUCGAGUCUGCGACUAUGGACUGCAUAACAGUUAUACGGUGAUGCAGUUGAUGUCAUCGAAUGGCAACUUGAUCUAUGCAGGGUGUUUCGCAGCCACCCUUUCCACUGCCCUCACCAACCUGUUAUCUGUGCCAAGGCUGAUCCAGGCGCUGGGCAUAGACCGCAUCUACCCCGGUCUCAUAUUCUUCUCCAAGGGCUACGGACCACACAAGGAGCCCUACCGCGGAUAUGUGCUCACCUUCGUUAUAUCCACACUCUUCCUCAUGAUUGCUCAUCUGAACGUGAUAGCUCCCUUGAUAUCCAACUUCUACCUGGCGUCUUAUGCUCUCAUCAAUUUCUGUACAUUUCAUGCUGGGCUGGUCCGUCCCCUAGGAUGGAGACCAACAUUCAGGUACUACAACACAUGGCUGAGUCUGCUUGGCAGUUUCAUGUGUGUUGUAAUCAUGUUCCUCAUAAACUGGAUCACAUCUCUCCUCACUUUUGUCAUUUUCUUCGCACUCUAUCUUGUUGUCGUCUACAGGAAUCCACAGGUGAAUUGGGGCUCGUCCACACAGGCGCAGACCUAUAAGACGGCGUUGAUGACGGCCUACAAGCUGUCGAAUAGCACGGAGCAUGUGAAGAACUACCAGCCGCAGCUGUUGGUGUUGUCGGGCCAGCCACAGAGUCGCCCACCGCUCAUCGACCUGGCCAGCCUCAUCACUCGCAACAACUCGCUCUGCAUCUGCGCCGAAAUAUGCAAGAACCGUCUGAACUACAAGCUGCGCAGUGUGCGCACGCACAAAGGCAUGUCGUGGCUUGGCGUGCGUAAGAUCAAGAGCUUCUUUGUGGUGGUGGACGGUGUGCGCAUGUUUGACGCGGGCGCGCGCGCACUCAUGCAGACGUCGGGCGUCGGGCGCAUGCGUCCCAAUGUUCUCAUGAUGGGCUACAAGAACAACUGGCAGUCCUGUCCCAGCGAGGAGAUGUUCUCCUAUUUCAACACGUUGCACGACGCGUUUGAGAAUCGCCUGGCUGUGAUUAUAUUGAAGAUGGCCGAUGGGCUGGACUCAUCACCGUUUUCGGGGGAGAAUGACCUCGACCUGGACAGCGGCUCCACUCUGGACCUGACGGUUGGCGGUGGUGACGUCAUCAGUCAUACCGGCAGCCUCCUCCACAAUGACUCCUCCACAAGCCUCAACAUGCCGCUGCAGCAGAAUGUUCUCUCACAAACCUCGCUGACUAUUUCUGGCUCAAAAACAAACAACAAUUCAGCGAGACCAAUUGUUAUACCGACCAAUGCAGUAAGCAAUCACUCUCCCAAACCAUCUGAUAUUCUCAGGAAGAAAAUGGCUUCUGAAAUCAUACAUAAUUAUCCGGACGGCCAACAAAUACGUAAGGAUGAGUUGGAGUCGAUGAUGUUCUUUGCAAAAAAGCAGAAAGGCACCAUCGAUGUUUGGUGGCUGUAUGACGAUGGCGGUUUGACGAUACUGUUGCCCUAUAUUCUGAGCACGAGAAGCAGUUGGUCGGACUGCAAGUUGAGGGUGUUCGCCUUAACCAACCGCCAUCAUGAACUGAAGAGUGAGGAAUUGUGCAUGGCUAGCCUCCUGUCCAAGUUCAGAAUCGACUACUCCAGUUUGACUAUGAUUCACAACAUCACUGAUCCACCCGAAACAAAAACACAACAAUUUUUUGACUCACUUAUAAAAAAUUUCAGGAACAACAAUGGUGAGACAGUGAUAGAAGAUGCUGAGUUGGAGAGUUUGAGAGAGAGGACCAACCGUCAACUGAAACUCAGAGAGCUGCUCCUCAAGCAUUCAAACGACGCUUCACUCAUUGUCAUGUCUCUUCCGAUGCCGAGGAAAGGCAUGGUGUCAGCUGGUCUGUACAUGGCCUGGCUGGAGGCGCUCACAAGGGACAUGCCACCGUUCUUGCUGGUACGCGGCAACCAGCAGUCAGUACUAACGUUCUACUCAUGAGCAGAGAAGGCCUGGGCAAAAGAAGAAGAAGAAGAAGAAGAAGAAGAAGAAGAAGAAGAAGAAGACGCAGUGGCAGAAAGUGGUUGCUAUAGUGAGGUCCACGUUUUAUAGGCAGUAUUUGUUUAAUGUUGGUGUUGCUAUCCUUGUCUAUCAAACGACAAAGCCGAUCCUUUUCUAACUCUAUAACGUUGCCAGAUCGCUUCCAACAAUGUAGAAAUAUAAUUAAUUGAUCUCAUUUAUGAAAAUUUACAUUGAGAAAUAUAUUUUCUCGACGAAUAGAAUAUAUAAUUGAUUAUAUCAAAGAAUAAUGAACAAUUAUUAUUAACGAAAAUCCCAAUUAGAUGCUGUGAAUCACUCCCAAAGACGUCUGCUACUGCAAAUAUUGACAACAGGGUAAAUAGCUAGAUGGAAAUUUGAUGAUUGAAUUCCCGGGCUGACAAAUAAUUUUUGUAUAGUGGCGCUCUUCGAAUUUCCAUCCAGCUGUUUACCCUGUUGUCAAUAUUUGCAGUAGCAGACGUCUUUGGGGGUGAUUUAGAGCAUCUAAUUGAGAUUUUCGUUUAGUAAUAAUUGUUAAUUCAUUAGUAUUUGAACAAAUACAAUUUCUAAUUUAUUUCCAUCUGAAGAAUGGCCAGUUAAUAUUACUUCAGAUAUGCCGGUAUCAGCUAUAUUCUAUAGAAGGCAGUAGCAAGGCAGAGAAUCGGCAAAGCUGUUCUCCUAUCUUUCUCCACUGUCAUUAUAACGUGGACCUGACUAUGAGAAAGGCUACCAUACUUACUACCCAGAAUCCUCAUUUCUUGCUAUCUAUUUUUCUGGUCCAAUUUCCACUUGCAUAAAUAAGAGUUGUGACCUGCCUUGAAGUAUUUAUAAUAUUUGCCUUGAGAAGACAAAGUCUACAAUACAAAGGAAAAUAUGUGAUGGUGAUCUAAAUGUAACUGUAAAUAAAAAUCAUUAGAUAUCGCAC